UCCUUCCCCCAUUUUUCUCUCUGCUCCUACAGCUGAAGAGAACUUCAUGGCACAGUGAAAAGCAGGUUUUUGGAGUGAGCCAGCCAACAAGUUUUAUCUUUUACCCAAGUAUUUCUGUAAAGACUGAAGACACCCUUGUCUGACUGCUACUACAGAGCCAGGUAGAAGUUUGAAGAGGGUUUCUUUCAAUCCAGCAAAAGCAGAUCUUUAAAAAGUCUCUCAAGUCACAACUGCAGCAACCCAGAAUGGAGCUUCAGAAGAUGAACGGACACAGCAGGGAUGAUGGGUUUGAUGGGCUGGAUACCUUGGCCGAACAAGAGGAGUUUCUCCCACAUAAAACUGGUGGCAAGAAAGAAAUGCACUUCACAGAUUUUGAGGGAAAGACUUCAUUUGGCAUGUCAAUCUUCAACCUCAGUAACGCCAUAAUGGGCAGUGGAAUUCUGGGGCUGGCUUUUGCGAUGUCCAACACCGGAAUCAUUCUUUUCAUAAUCCUGCUGGUGUUCAUUGCCAUCCUGUCUGCAUACUCAAUUCACCUCCUGCUGAAAAGCGCCGGAGUCGUCGGGAUCAGAGCUUAUGAGCAGCUCGGGAACCGGGCUUUUGGCCCCCCAGGAAAAAUGCUGGCCGCGUGCAUCAUUACGGUACACAACAUUGGAGCAAUGUCCAGCUACCUCUUCAUCGUCAAGUCCGAGCUCCCGCUGGUUAUUCAGGCUUUCCUCAGCAAACAGGAAAACACAGGAGAGUGGUUCUUGAAUGGAAACUACUUGAUCAUCAUUGUUAGCGCUCUCAUCAUCCUUCCUCUAGCACUCAUGAAACAACUUGGUUACUUGGGCUACACAAGUGGCUUCUCCCUCUCCUGCAUGGUGUUCUUCCUCAUUUCGGUUAUCUACAAGAAAUUCAACAUCCUAUGUCCACUGGAAGACAAUCACCAUAACACAACUCCCUCCAUUGAUUACCACCCUGCCAUGAAUGAGACAGACGACUCCUGCGACGCUAAACUGUUCACCGUCAACUCUCAGACGGCGUACACCAUCCCGAUUCUGGCCUUCGCCUUCGUGUGUCACCCGGAGGUGCUGCCCAUCUACACCGAGCUACGGGAUGCCACCAAGAAACGUAUGCAGGCUGUUGCCAACGUCUCCAUCCUGGCGAUGUUCGUCAUGUACCUGCUGACUGCUCUUUUCGGUUACCUUACCUUUUAUGGUGCUGUGGAGUCGGAGCUGUUACACACCUACAGUCGAGUGGACGCCCUGGACGUCCUGACUCUCUGCGUGCGUCUGGCUGUGCUGGUGGCCGUCACCCUGACCGUCCCCGUGGUUCUUUUCCCGAUCCGCAGGGCCUUGCUCCAGAUCUUGUUCCCUGACAAGCCUUUCCGCUGGGCCAUUCACAUCGGCAUUGCAUUUUGUCUCAUCUUCCUCGUCAACCUGCUCGUCAUCUUCGUGCCCUCCAUCCGCGACAUCUUCGGCCUCAUCGGAGCCACAUCUGCCCCCAGCCUCAUCUUCAUCCUGCCUGGAAUCUUCUACGUCCGGAUCGUUCCCGAAGACCAGGAGCCUUUUCUGUCCAGACCCAAGAUUCAGGCCGCAUGCUUUGCUGCACUGGGAUUCAUCUUCAUGGUCAUGAGUUUGUCGUUUAUCAUCAUUGACUGGGUGACUGGAGAGUCUCGAAGCGGAGGCGCACACUAGCCGCCGUGACCGCGCAGAGAUGCUAUGAACAGGAUGCCAACCGAAGCUCUCCCUGUCAUUAAAUUACCCCCGUUCUCAGCCAAAUGCAAACAGGACAGUUUGGCUGCACAGAAGAAGGAUAUGUGAAGAACCUUCGCCUGCAACAAAUUUAAAAAAAAGAAAGUGUUUUGACAUGUUAUUUGGCAGACAAAAGGCCCUGUAACGGAGGAGAGGAGACAGAAUACAAAGCAGUGUGUCCCCGCCUCGCGGCGAGGAUGUUGUGUGGAGGCAUGUGUAGAAAUUCAAAAGACAGCAGAAAGAUGAAUGGGAACAGCAUGACUCAAAUGGAAAUCCCAUUUUAGAGUAUGGAUGUGCACAGUUCCGUGGAAUAGUUCAGUCACUGCCAAAAUCCCUCCAGUCUACUUCCCCACAUCUCAGCUUUUACGGCACAGGAAUUUGAGGCAAUUGUUUGCUUUUUAAUCACACAGAAAAAACAUUUUUGCUUUCUUCAUUCAUCAGUUGCUGUUUCUUUACAAUAUUAGGACUCUCAAAUCUGGUGGUGAUGUCCAAAUGUCCCCAAACUUCAUAGAUUCAGCUAAAUCUGAUCAGCGAGGGUUAGUCUGACCAUCCGCACUAAUCAUCCAACCAACCGAAACACAAUUUUCAAUGAGUUGUACGUGAAUUUAAUUAACGUCCUUAAUGUGAUCUUAACAUGACUAUUGAAAAGGUGAUCUUUAAAGCUGAGUCUGAGGUUACCUUUUAGAAAUAAUCCAACAGAUACAGUGCAAUUUGUGGUGUUCAGCUGCUAUCCAUGAAGGUCGAACAGAGAGUUACUGACAAUCAUGUGAGUCAACACACAGAGACAGGUGGUUUGUAAAAUUUUUACAAGUUUUUAUGUAUUUCUGAAGAAAUCCUUAGCUGCAAACCAAAGAAUUAAACUAUUGUGUCACAUUAAAAUAUGGUGUAACACACUUUUUUUUUUUCACCACGUUCGGCAAAGAUCAGUUCAAAAUUGUACAUAAAGAAAAUGCAGUGUUAAAAAUGCUGCGUCUGUGUAUAGCAGUCCCUGAACUGUUGAGUGCGGUGAAUAAUGACCUAUGGUUUUUAAGUUAAAAUGAAUGGCGUCAUCUUUUUUUCGUCUUGAAAAUUUGACUAAAAGAUAUUUUGACUUUGUACAUUUUUAAAUUAAUUUGAAUGUCAAUAAAGUAUGUCUUUCCUUUGUA